GUGGAUUUAGCAGAAAAUUCCCUUUUAAACAAGCUUAUCCGGAAGUCUCUGGUAGAAUCCAAUCAUCAUGUUGAAGUCCUGCAGCGAGAUCCCAGCUCCCCUCUCUUCUCAGUAAAAACCUUUGAAGAACUGCAUCUGAAGAAAGAGUUAUUACAGGGGAUUUAUGAAAUGGGUUUCAACAGACCAUCCAAGAUACAGGAGACAGCGCUUCCUAUGAUGCUAGCUGACCCACCCCAAAAUCUUAUAGCACAGAGCCAGUCAGGGACAGGAAAAACUGCAGCUUUUGUCUUGGCCAUGCUGAGCAGAAUUAAUGGUGCUGAAAAAUUCCCCCAGUGUCUCUGUUUAGCUCCGACCUACGAGCUGGCUGUGCAGACUGGACAAGUGGUUGAAAAGAUGGGAAAUCUGUGUGUCAACAUCAGAGUUGCGUAUGCUGUCCGAGGGAAUAGACUUCCAAGAGGUACCAAGAUUGAAGAACAGAUAAUAAUUGGAACGCCAGGGACUGUCCUAGAUUGGUGUUUCAAAUUGAAGCUGCUGGAUGUGAAGAAGAUCUCUGUGUUUGUGCUGGAUGAAGCGGAUGUUCUGAUUGACACACAGGGCUUCUUAGAUCAGAGUUUCCGCAUUCAGAGAACAUUACCACAGCAUUGUCAGAUGCUCCUCUUCUCAGCAACCUUUGAGGAUACCGUGUUGCGGUUUGCUAAGCAGAUCAUCCCUGACCCCAAUAUAAUUAAACUCCGCCGAGAGGAGAUGACCUUGACCAAUAUCAGGCAGUACUACUUUUUGUGUGAGAAUAAACAAGAUAAAUACAAGGCCCUGUGCAAUAUCUAUGGGAGCAUCACCGUUGGCCAGGCUAUCAUCUUCUGUCAGACUCGUAGGAAUGCCAAUUGGUUAUCGCAGGAACUGAGUCAGGAUGGGCACCAAGUGUCUGUCCUGAGUGGGGAGCUGACAGUUGAGCAACGGGCAGCUGUAAUCCAAAGGUUUCGUGAUGGAAAAGAGAAGGUCCUUGUCACAACUAAUGUCUGUGCUAGAGGUAUUGUCUCUAGCUAAACCAUUUCUUUCUCAAAGUAUUACAGUACUGAGAGCUUUGUUUUUCGAGAUGGGGUACACACAGGGCAUGCAAGCUUAUUAUUGUUCUGCAUUACGGAAUCCACCACGCACACCGAAAACCCACUGUGGAGUGCAGAAGAUGAUGACAGCUGCUUGGAAUCCUGUAAUCUCUCGCAUAUAGAGACCUCAUCAUAAGCUUUUCUGCUACACUGUUGUCACACACAGUGUUGGAGUCCAGUGGUCAAUUGGUGGGGUUUUGUGGAUUUCUAGAUAUAAAUUCAACGAGUGUUUGGCAGAGCAAAUGCUGAUUCCUAUAGCUUGCAGAAAUAACACCAGACUGAUUUCUUAUUCCAGCCAGAUGAAGUUAAGAAUUGUAAUUCUGUGUAUAACCCCUUUGUAUACAGCUCAGUGCCUGCUUCUUAGGAUGGUGUUGCUUGUAGUGACUUUGAAGCCUUAUCUACGCUAGCAAACACUUUAUAGCCAUAAUUCACAGCUGGUACCACACAGUGGUAUAAAUACCGGAGUCCUGUUUACACUACAGCUUCCACAAAUGGCGAAUUACAGUUGUGAAAUUGCUAAUGUAGACAGUCAAAAUGUGCAUGUUUUACAAUUGCCCUGUCUGAAAAGUCAGUCACAACAAAUAUAGUAUUCCGAGGUAAAGGCAGAUUUUCUUCAGUAAAUUGAUCCUUUGGGUAGAGAUUUUCAUCCACAAAAACCCAUUGAGAUAGUGUUGUGUAUAAAAAUUAUACAAUAUGCACUCGUUAAACUAAAAGACCUUAUUAGAAUGUUGUU